AUGGUACCUUGCAUUGAAAAUGGAACUUGGAAAGGGCCUCCGCUAUUGCUCCUUCUGUUCGCUGAUUACAUCUUGAUCGUCUGUUGUGCUUUUGAGGAACAAAUAAAAUUGGUCAAACCCAAUUUGGAUGAAUUUUCAUGGUGGCGACCACUUCGUGCUAAACUCUUUGCCAUAAAACUUGGCCUCUUACUACAUCCAUGGAAUAUGGAUUUUCGUAAAGCUUCUAUGGAAUCUGAUUGCCUAGAUGCUAUAUCUGCAAUACAUGAGCGCCAACAACGUAGAGACGUAUGUCCCCGUCACAAAGACAUCAUUAAAGACAUUUCUUCUAGGUCAAUGCUGUAA